UGUCGAAAUGACAUUUGACAAAAUCGUACACUCGGUCCUAUUUCAGCAACCACAACGCACCACAUAUCCCAAUUAUAUCACUUUUGACGAUGAUUUUUGCACACAUUCUCAAAUAUUCGUGAUGCACAUAUUUUCGUGACACAGACCCCAACCCACUUGCCCGGUCACGUGGGGUGCACAACGCAAGGACGCCAUUUUCCUACAGAAACUGCGAAUAUGAGAAAGAAAAAGAAGCCCACUAGGUCCAAGUCCAAGGGGUAUCUACAGUACUCCAACUCUUCGCUACGUGAAGCUUACAACGCCGUAGUCGAGAAGAAGAUGUCCAUGUACCAGGCGUCGAAACAGUUCCAUGUGCCCUACAUGACCCUGCACGACCGAGUGAAGGGCAGGAUAGCCAUGGACACGCCCAUGGGACGUCGAGCCAUGCUGACGGUUGACCAGGAGGAGAAGCUCGUGGAAUACUUUAAACAUCUCAUCAGCAUCGGCUAUGGGUAUAGUAAAAACGAGUUCCUGCAGAUUGUCACAGACCAUGCAGUGCAUUGUGGGAGCAGAAAGAAGAAAGGGAAGGUGAAGGUCGGAAAGAUUUGGUACUACAGCUUCUUGAAGCGUCACCCGGAUGUUAUAACUGUGAGACCUCACCAGCGGCCGUCGUGUGCGUCAAAAAGUGCAAUAAGUAAAUAUUACGAUGAACUGGAACAUUUCCUGAAUAAACAUGGUCUUGUGAACAAGCAACAUGCCACGUUCUGUAUGGACAAAGUUGCCAUAGCUUGUGAGGAAAUUCAUGACAAGCAAAAGGGAGAUAACUCUGAUGAGGAGUCGGAAUCUGCUACUUCUAUGGUGAACUCGAUGGUUGUUGUUAUAGCAGCGGGCAACGCUGCGGGGGAUCAGUUACCUCCCUUCUUUGUGUUUCCCGGGGAGACGAAGCUUCCGAAGGUGACAGACACGACUCCGGGGACGUCUGGUUGCGUCUCCUCAGUCAACUGGGUUGAUGGUGACGUCUUAAAGAAAUACCUGUUUGAACACUUUUUGCCUUUGGCUCGGAACAGCAGUACGGAUGAUUCUCUGGUGUUGCUGUACGAUGGCCACAAAUUCCCUCUGUUCCCAGGAUUAAUGGACUGGGCCCAGGACAAGAAGCUGUAUCUGUUCCCACUCCCACCUCACUGCAGCUGUGUCCAGAAAAAUUCUUUAUCGAUUUUGUCGGACUUCGAUGAUAUUUACACACAGGAACUUCAGUCCUACCUGAGAAGAGGUAGAGUCCAAGAUAUUGACAUCUCCAAAAACACUACCUGUCAAAUUUCUUGUCAGACGUACUUGAAACUUGUGUUACCAGAAGAGUUAAAAUCUCUUUUCCUCAAAGCUGGCAUCAUACCGCUCGACCCUCUUGCCAUGCCUUGGCCUGUCCAUAAACAUCUGAACCUGGACAAGACAAACGUCAAAUCACGAGUUCUCAAAGACCAGUCAAGUGACGAUUCUGAUUCCAGUGAAGAUGAAGGUGAUUCUACGCCAGACAUUAGAUUAAAACCAAAGCGGAAGAUUCGUGUUAGAAACAGAUCAAAGAAACACCAAAGUGAUGAAAACUACAGCAACACAGACACGAAGCCCAAGAGGGUGAAGAAGGCCCAGAUGUAUGCCUCAAACUCGUCCACGAGCUGUUUAGAGAAGGAGGAGGAGGAGGAGGAUGGCCUGGGUGAUAGGGGGACAUCAGGAUCAGACUAUGCAUAUGACAGCGAGGCCAGCAGUGGGGCGGGAGUGCUUGUAUUUGAUGAGGACGACCAGAAGUGUUGUGUGUGUGGCAAACUGGAACCCCCCGGUCUGGCUGGGGAAGUGAGUAUCGUCAUCGUGGAGUGGGUUCAGUGUGACAGCUGCUCCCACUGGACGCAUCUCCGCUUCUGCACCAAGGUCGGCAUUGUGGACAGUGAGGAGGAGUUUAAGUGUCCACAUUGUGCACCGCCAAGGAGGGAAGUUGUGUAGGCGAGAAGGGGGAACAUCGGAACUUCUGUCACUAAUGAGUUAUAGUCAAAGUGAGGAUAGCAUUUUACUUCCAAAAGGAGACGUUUUUAGUCUAAAAGCGAACGAAUUUUCUUUCUGGUACCAUUAAGAAAGUUGUUUGUUUCUUUCAGCUUCAUCAGUUAAAAGCUCUUCCUAUGUGAAUCUAUUAUAAUUGUUAAUGAACAAGAUUACGUUUCCUGUAAAAUGCCAGAAGACGAAUUCUUCUAUUUUUCAUACCUUAUCGAUUUACAAAGCAAACGUAAGAAUAUGUAGAAACCCUUGCAUGCUCAUUGGAAACAAAUAUGCGUCAUUCUUAAAAAUAAAAAAGUAUGCCAGUCUCA